UGCAUCUGAAGAUAACUGGGGCUGUCAGAACACGAGUCGACAGCUUACACUGAGUUCGCCUUUCUCCGGCGAGACUCGGACCCGGGGAAUGCAGAUACUGGAGCUGGAGGAACGAAAGGGUAGUACUGAGAGACGCGCAAUAUCAAAGGGAAGCCGAGCUGUGGAGACGGAUUAGGUUGCGAAUAAAGCGUCCUCGCCGCAUAUACUGUAGGACACAAAGCACUCGCUUACGUUACUGUAUUACCGUGGCUGGAAUAGUGAAGUUGAAGAACAUGAGAAUAUCAGGAGAAUUGCACCGGCGCAGCAGACAACCCAAAGUGAUGAGCUCCUGAAAUGAAGUGAAGCUGUAAGGAGAUCCCACUGAACCUUUGGGAUACAGCACUCAUAUAGUCUGGAUGCAGUGGAGAAGGCACUCUGCUGCAAGUUCUAGAGUGCAGUCUAGCGAGAGCCCAAGCGUGAUGUUUUAUGGGUCCUCGGCCAGCAUGUCUCUGCCGUCCAAGAACAAGCUGAAGAGACAGAGUCGCACCUUCACACAGGUCCUGUAUCGCACGUUAAGCUACAGGGAUCGCCGAUCAGUCACUGACCUCCCUGAGCGGGUCACGGAUGACCCGGCGGAGCUGUCCACUCAGAGCUCAGCCCCGGGGGUCCUGAAGAUCUUCGGGGAUGAGAUCUGUGUGGGGGCCAACUACAAGAGUGUGCUGGCCACACCACGCUCCAGUGCUCAAGAGCUCAUUAAGGAGGCCCUGGAGCGCUAUUCCCUCAGCAAGGCAGCCGCCGGCGAGUACGUGCUGUGUGAUGUGAUUGGGAAGCUCGAGGGGCCUGAGAAGCACUGGCGGACGGAGUGUCUCCGGGUCUUGGGGGACAACGAGAAGCCCCUCCUGCUGCAGGACCUGUGGAAGCCCAAAGAGGGUUUCGCUCGCCGCUUUGAGCUACGCAGGCGGGUGGAGGUGGAAGAGAUGGCGGCCCGAGAGAAAGACACCGUCACGGCAGGACCCCUCAAAAGCUCUCAACUAAUAGUGCCACCUACUGGUAGAGCUGGGAGUGUUAAAGCUAGGAGUUCACCCCGCUACCAUCGCUUGGCACUACGUUCUACUGGUCCAAGCUUUAAAGAUAUAAAUGCCCAGGCCAGGAAACUGCAGAGGAACAGGACAAAGGGAUCAAUGACGCUGAACCCUGGAUCAUCAUUCUGCCGCAGCCUGAGUGAAACGAGCCUCAAUCUUGUGGGUGAGCCCGGAGACGAGCCAAAGAGAUAUUACUCCACGUUGCCAGGGCCACUGAGAGGAAGGAGCACCAGGGAAGGCCCUCUGACAGGCAGGAGGAAGGAAGAGAGGGAUGCUGGGGGCGUGCGACAUUCUCUCUACCAGUCCCCGCAUCUCCUGCUGCUCCAGGGAUACAACCAGCGUCAGGAUUGCCUGGUAUACCUACUGAAUCGAGAUCAGCACACAGUAGGCCAGGAGACAGCUUCGGCACGACCUAACAUCUGCCUGUCCUCCCCGGACAUCCUCCCACUGCACUGCAAGAUCAAGAAGAUCCAGGUGGUCCGGAGGUUCAGCCACACUGUGGAGGAGAGGCUGGUGCUGGAGCCAUUGCCUCAUGGCAGUGUCUUAAUAAACUUCUCCAAAGUGGAGUGCACCACCCAGCUGCGCCACGGUGACCUCCUUUCCUUCGGAGUGCACUACAUCUUCCUUUACAAGGACCCUGUCAGCUCCAAGCCACUACCUGCCCAGACACUAACCAGGCUCAAAACCCUCAACCAGCUGUCUGAAUCAGAGCUGGACAUUGGCUCAGCCCAAGCCUGUAGAAUGUGUGGCACAGUGAUCAAAGACAAGUUCCCGCCUCGUCGAAAUUUCAAGCCCCACCUGAUCAAAAACAGGAGCCUACAGAGGAGGAAACUGCACCUGGACUUCGACAAAGCCCAUGAGGAUGAGUUGAUUGGGAGAAUAAUGUCCCUUAUUGAGCCAGGUGGGGAUGACCACAAACUGACCCCAGCCUACCUCCUUUGCCUGUGCAUCAAGCACUCAGCCACAGCUUUUGAGCCAGGGAGCUUUGGGAAGCUUCUUCUAAAGAUUGUGAAAAGGAUACAGUCUAUAGCUUGGGAGAAGACGAAGGAGCUGGCAGAAAAGCAAGCCCAGCACCAGGACCCAGCCUCCUUGUCUCUCCUUAGUAUCUCUGACCUGGUCCCUGACCUUCAGAUCAUUCUCUUCUGGAUGUCCAACGCAAUUGAGAUCCUCUAUUUCAUACAGCAAAAGUCUCCUGUUUACAUGCAAGGCAUUGAACAGAUGGAUAUUAAAGGCUCCAAGGAAUCUCUGCUUUCCACUACAAUAUCAGCCAAUGAGGAAGCCAUGACAAUCCUGGAGGAGGUGAUAAUGUACACAUUCCAGCAGUGCAUCUAUUAUAUAACCAAGUCUUUGUAUGUUUCUCUGCCUGGCCUCUUGGAUUGCAACCCUUUCGCGGCAGACAGUAGUGACCCCUGUUGGCGAGGCUCGGGAAUGCUCCCUGAGUCGAUUCGUAAACUGCUCCAGAUCCUUCAGACAACCCAGGACCUGCUCCAGCAGUACGAGGUCCACCCUGAGAUCCAGUCCCAGAUGUUUGCAUACCUGUUCUUCUUCUCCAAUGUCUCUCUCUUCAACCAACUCUUAGACAAAGGCCCUGCCCGUGGGUGGCUCCGCUGGGCCCAUGGGGUGCGGAUCCAGGCCAGUUUACGGAUGGUAUUGGACUGGGCAGGGAAGGCAGGACUCGGCCACCUAGCUGAGAAGUUCUUCAGCAAAUUCUCCAGUGCUGUGAGCUUGCUGGCCACACCUACCGAACAGCUUGUGCAGAUGAGCUGGAAGUCCUUUUGUGCUGAGUACCCUGCUCUCAAACCAGUGCAGCUACACCGCCUGCUGACGCAGUACCAGCUGGCCCCAGAGACCGGCCUCGUGCCCAGCUGGCAGCCCAGCCCAGAAGAGGAAGCUCAGAUCUACAGGACAGUGGGCCUUUUAGAGAGUUUUGAAAACCAUCCUCCCAUUGUGCUGCCCAGCAGUGGCUUUAAAGUGGACCUGGAGUGCGAUGCAGUGGACAACAACAUAUACAGGCAGCUUCUCUAUGUGCGCCACUUCCUGUGGGGCUUGAGAACCAAGUCCCCCUCCACAAAUGGCAGCUCAGAUUCACAGGAAAUUCAGAGAGAGCUGCCACUUUCUCACAGCAGCCCAAGGCAAAUGUCCCCUGGGGUACAAAUCUCGUCUACUGAGCCCCACAGGCCUGGUACUCACAUGGAUCCAGAAGUGGAUGGGAGAGUUUCGGUGGUGUCCAACCUGAGCAGCAGCUCCAGGGAAGCCCACUGUCAAGAGAAACUGAAAGAGAAACUUCAUCAGGUGCAGUUGCAGUCCAGUCUGAGGAGAAACGGCUCAUUCCGGGAGAGCAUGCAGCCCCUCGACCCUUCCUGCCUGCUAACCCCUCCCAACACUCCUCUGUACCCUGACCUCGGCGAGCCUGACAAACCACAGGCCAAAGGCUGCAGUAGGACCCCCCUUGACCUAAAAAAAGGAGUCAAUGGCUUCAUUGCCAGUGGAAUGGAAGGCAACAUGAGUGGGGUCUUUGACUUCCCGACCCCAGUCUCCUCCAGUCACAGCUCAGCUGCUGACGAUUUCUGUUACGUGUUUAUAGUGGAACUGGACAAAGGACCCUUUGGACUGGGCAUGGGACUGAUUGAUGGGCUGCAUACUCCACUCAAUUCCCCUGGAAUCUACAUCAGAACCCUGAUUCCUGAUGGACCGGCCGCAGCUGAUGGACGACUUAGUAUCGGGGACAGAAUCCUGGCUGUGAACGGAACUAGCCUCAUUGGAGCAGAUUAUCAGAGUGCGGUAGACCUCAUCAGACUAGGAGGCGGCAGACUGCGUUUUCUUGUUGCGAAGUCAGAUCUGGACAUCUCUCAGAAAAUCAGUGCUUCAUCAUGUUGAAAACCAGUGACACGCUCCGUAUCUCCUCUCCUCACCUCACACCAGAGAACAGUUAAAAAGGUACCAAGGUGCCCUGGCAAAGUGCUGCUCCCAAACACAAUAAGGCAGUACUUUAUUUUUAUAGAAUCACAGAAGGCUACUUAAAACCUAUAUAAUGUAAUGCAGGACUGUGCUGUACACAUUUGGAAACUGUAAUGUGAAUUUGGUGCUGAUUAUUUGAUGCUGGAGUAUUACAUCACAAAAAAAGUGAUGUAUAAAAAGUUGUGUUGUAAAGCCAGUGCAAGAACAUCUACUGUCUUCCAGGCUCACAACCUAAACUGCAUCACAGACCAG